CGCCGGCAGUCCGGGCUGCGGGGUCGGGGCGGAGCUGCAGCCAUGGGGUCGCGCUAGGGCCCCUCCCGCAGCGCCGCGGCCGCCUCGCCUCUCGUCGCCGUCGCGGGGCCGGCGUCCAGGGUGUCUCGGCGACAUGCUUCUGUCCCUCGGGAUGCUCGUGCUGUCGGCCACGCAGGUGUACACCCUGCUCACCGUCCAGCUCUUCGCCUUCCUCAACCUCCUGCCCGUGGGGGCCGACAUCCUUGCCUUUAACUUUGAAAAUGCAUCUCAGACAUUUGAUGACCUUCCAGCCAGAUUUGGUUACAGACUCCCUGCUGAAGGCUUAAAGGGUUUUCUGAUCAGCUCGAAGCCGGAGAAUGCCUGCGAGCCCAUCGCGCCCCCGCCCCUCCGAGACAACUCAUCCAGCACCUUCAUCGUGCUCAUUCGGAGGCUGGACUGUAACUUCGAUGUCAAGGUCCUGAACGCCCAGCGGGCCGGCUACCGAGCCGCCAUCGUCCACAAUGUGGACUCGGACGACCUCAUUAGCAUGGGAUCCAACGACAUUGAUGUGCUGAAGAAAAUCGACAUUCCGUCUGUUUUUAUUGGCGAAUCUUCAGCAAAUUCACUGAAAGAUGAAUUCUCAUAUGAAAAAGGGGGCCACGUCAUUCUAGUUCCGGAGUUCAGCCUGCCGCUGGAGUACUACCUGAUCCCCUUCCUCAUCAUCGUUGGCAUCUGCCUCAUCCUCAUAGUCAUUUUCAUGAUCACAAAGUUUGUCCAGGACAGACACAGAGCUAGAAGAAACAGAUUACGUAAAGAUCAACUCAAGAAACUUCCGAUACAUAAAUUCAAGAAAGGGGACGAGUACGAUGUGUGUGCCAUUUGUCUGGAUGAAUACGAAGACGGAGACAAGCUGAGAGUCCUCCCCUGUUCCCAUGCGUAUCACUGUAAGUGCGUGGACCCGUGGCUAACUAAAACUAAAAAGACCUGCCCCGUGUGCAAGCAGAAGGUGGUCCCCUCCCAGGGCGACUCCGACUCGGACACGGACAGCAGUCAGGAAGAAAACGAGGUGUCAGAACACACCCCGCUGCUCAGGCCCAUGGCGUCUGCCAGCACCCAGUCCUUCGGGGCUCUGUCCGAGUCCCACUCGCAUCACAACAUGACGGAGUCCUCCGACUACGAGGACGAGGACAACGAAGACAGCGACAGCAGCGAGGCCGAGAACGAGGCCAACGAGCGCAGCGUCGUGGUGCAGCUGCAGCCCAACGGCGACCACGACUACAGCGUCGCCAACACCGUGUGACGCUCCCGGCCGGCUCCCUCCCAAGGGUUUCUUUAGGUACUUUUUUUUUUCUUUUUUUCUUUUCUUGGGUUUUUUUGGCUCCCUUCAGAGAUUUCGGUAGAAGUAACUCGUUAGUGUUCUGCAGUUUAAUCAGAUUACUGAAGUGCAUUUUGGAUCUGAUGUUUCUCUGCCGGAGUGGAUCGUUUCACUGGCGACGAACGGGCGGGGGCUGGAACUCAAGCAGCAGCCCCUCCCGGAGAAGGAAAGCACAUCCUCAGAACAGAGUGCGGUUCAGGCCGAGCGCAGGAUGCAAACAGUUCCUGACUCAGCAGCUGGGUGCUGUGGCCACUGUGGUGCCCUGGAUUCGGGCAUACUCAGGUGGACCGUGUUGGUUCUGCUCUUUUCCCAGGCCACGAGAUCCGAGCAGCUAGGUGAAGUCACUUUCCCUCCUGUCAAGCCACAAACUCAGAGCUGCCUUCUUCCUUUCUGUCUCCAAGUAGUCUUUCUUCUCAUAGAAAUGAUCUGUGCUCGUGCACAUUUCAAGGUUUGGGCUUUUCUUUUUUUAUGUUUUUAAUACUCUAGUGUUAUAUAUGAAUUUGAUUCAUCAGUUAAUGUCUCUAGAAUUAAUGAAUUUCAGUAUUAAGGGUUUUGUGUUGUGAUCAAAGCGAAAAGAAAUGCUGUAUUAAAAUACCAAACUUCAGCAAUUGUUACUACUCUGAUCAUAUACCUCUUAAUAAAGAGCAUCUUAUGCUACAAUUAGUCCAGCUAAAAUAUGUACAGAGAAAACUGUUCAAGCAUUGGAUUUCAAAAUAAGUGCUAUGUUUAACAGAAUUAAUGUAUUUAAAUAAUGUUAUUAUGAAAAGCUAAAUUAUAUUAUACAUCAUUGUAACUAUGUAGAAAAUAUACAUGUGUAUAAUCAAAAUGCUAAGAAUUUUUAUAUGGCCUCGAAGAAGGGAGUUUGAACGUUAAUAAACACAUUUUCCACUUUAAGAACU